AGCGCAGCAGGCACCGGGUUCCUUUUCGCCGUGGUCUGAGAACGGCUGGCACGGAAGCGCAGAUUCGUGGGGUCGUACGGGCGACAUGAGUGAGUCUCGUCAGCGCCAACUUCCGCGCCCACGUGCGCUUACCCGCUGCACCCAGGCGGCCACUCCUCGCACGACGACGUGCCCUCGCGGCCAUCCUUCGCAAAGCGCAGCAUGUCCGCCAGCGUUGGCACCGGCUACGGCUACGCCGGCUCGUCGUACGACGGCAGGCCAGCCGGAGGACACCUCUCGAUCGACACCAAUGCUCUGCCGCGCGGCUCGCUGGCUGCGAGCGCGUCGCCGCGCACAGGCAUCGCGCCGAGCCCUGGGCUGGCGACGAUGCAUGAGGAGUGGAGCUUUGAUCCAGCGAGCCUCGAGGAGUCGGCGCGGCUCGACGCGCGCGGCCGCGACCACGACCUCUCCGGCGGACUGCAUCGGCAUCGCUCUGCGUCUAGCGCAGCCGCCCUGCCCUUCCACCCGUCGCCGAGCGCUGCGCAGCGCAGUCCCUGGGCCGACAGCGCGAGCCCACGCUACGCGUACGCCAGCGAGACGCAGCGCGGCCGUGCGCGCAUCCCGUCGGCCGGCUCGGACCUGGACGAGGAUCGCUCAGGCGAGAAGACGGCGAUGCAGAGUCCAGUCAGCCGCGGUCGUGACUACCGCGCGCCGGGCGGGCCUGCGGCCUUUGACAUCUCCAAGAUGUCACCUUUCGUGCGUGACACGCUCGGCGAGCCGUCGGCCGAUGCGAUCCAGCAGGAGUACUACGCCGGCGGAGGCACCGAGUCUCGUCGGCACUCCAUCGCCACGGCAGCGGGUCCGCCAGUCGGUCAGCGCCGUGCGGUAGGCUUCGAUGUGGCGCCGCGCUCUGCAGGCAUCGGCUCGCGCACGAGCUCUGUCGGUCGCCAGCAGCUCUCACAGGCGCCGACGCCGCGCGCAGGAGGAUAUGGUGCCUUUGGCGGCGGAGGAGGGCUCGCCAUCUCUGAGGACGACCUAGCGGCGGAUCUGAACACGCUGCAGCUCAAUCUCGACCAGGUCGCCGAGUCGCAGCAGGCGCAAGACGCAGCGGCAGCCGGUCGUGGAGGACGCGUGUCGAUGCGCGUGCCUUCCUCUGCGGCAGCGGCGACGGGCAUGCACGCCGCUUCCAUGCCUCCGCUCUUCGGACAGCGUGCCGGCGGCUUCGAGCAGUACGCCUCUCCGACGCACGCAGCCAGUCCAUGGGACAAUCGCCCUCGCGGCGGAGACAUGUCGGCGUCGUGGGACCUGCACACGCCUGCCGCAUCCUCUCCCUCGCACGGCCGAGGCUUUGUCGAUCCGCGCCUCGUCUCCGGCGCACGGCCCAUCGGCGCUAUGCCGACGACGCCGCAGGACUAUCGUGCACGCUCGGCCUCUGUCGCAUCCGACGCCAGCUCGCGGUCGGAGAGCCGCUACACGCUCAGCCCGCGUGCAAAGGCGUUCAACCUCGGUCAAGUCGGCACCAUCGGCUCGGAUGCGGCGCACCCUUCGGGCGCGCAGCCGCCGCAGCCCGUGUUCCAGCAGCACGCAGCGCAGAUGGGCUCGUAUCCGCGCGCGAGCGAUGCGCCGCACCAGCGUCAGCCGUCGGCUGCCAGCGGCCUCGGCUUCAUGCGCGGGCCGAGCAGUGCCGCUCCCCUCGUGCCUCUCUCCGACGCCGCGCUCGCCGGGCUAGCCACGCUGGGCCCGAUCCCGCUGAGCGGCGGCGGUCCCGCCGACGGUCCGGCGUCGCUGCAGGAGCUCGGCAAGGGCGUGCCGCUGCACUCGCUGCCGCGCUCGCAGAACCUCUACCUCUGCGCCUUCAAGGCCGAUCGCACCGACAUCUACUUCCGCCAGCCGGCGCCGGGCAAGAAUGCAGGCGAGGAGGAGGAGCUGCGGAAGGGAGACUAUGUCGUGGUAGAGGGCGAUCGUGGAAAGGACAUCGGCACCGUCGUCAAUUGCAGCAUCACCGUCGAGCAAGUCGAGCACUUCCUCGCGCACCAGAAUGAGCUGCUUGCGCUGGCAGGCAAGGGCGAGCUGGCGACGGGUCGUCCGGCGCGCUUGAUCAACCCGAAGCGCCUCUACUACAAGGCCACGUCGACGGAGCUGAGCCUGCUGCCGUCCAAGGCGGAAGACGAGGAGCGGGCACUGCAGCUCGUGCAGACCAAGGUGCUGCAGCGCGGCUUGCCCAUGCAGAUCGUCGCCGCCGAGUUUCAAUGGGACCGCAGGAAACUCACGUGCUACUACGUCUCGCAGUCGGGCAGGAUCGACUUCCGCGAUCUCGUCAAGGAUCUCUUCCGCGUGUACAAGGCGCGCAUCUGGCUACUCAACAUCAACCAGUGAUCUCGCGCGCGCCUCUCUUGCGUCCUCUUACCCUUCUCUCUCGCCUUGCUGCUCAUACCCACUCUACAAGACCGCCAUGCCUCCCGUCUCGCUUCUCGCGCCUCUCCACGUCACCGA